CGCCGAUGCCGCCUGGCCGGGCGCGGGAGGGGCGCCGCGGCGGGGAUGGCGCUGUCCAGGGGGCUGCGGUGCUGCCAGCGGGUCUUCGGCUGGGUGCCCGUCCUCAUCAUCACGCUGGUGGUGCUCUGGUCCUACUACGCCUACGUCGUCGAGCUCUGCCUGGUGACUCUGACCAACUCUGUAGAAAAAGUGGCCUACCUCACCAUAUUCCAUAUCAUCUUUAUCUUCUUCGUAUGGACAUACUGGAAGUCUAUAUUUACUCCUCCACAACAACCAGACAAAAAGUUCCACAUGUCCUAUGCUGCCAAGGAGCGCUACGAGAAUGAGGAGAGGCCCGAGGCUCAAAGGCAGAUCCUGGCGGAGAUGGCACGGAAGUUGCCGGUUUACACAAGAACAGGGAACGGAGCCAUUCGAUUCUGUGACAGAUGUCAGCUCAUCAAACCUGACCGUUGUCACCAUUGCUCAGUUUGCGCUGUGUGCGUGUUAAAAAUGGACCAUCAUUGCCCAUGGGUGAACAACUGCAUCGGGUUUUCUAACUACAAGUUCUUCCUACUGUUUUUAGCCUAUUCUCUGUUGUACUGCACGUUUAUCGCAGCAACGGUCUUCAAGUAUUUCAUCAAGUAUUGGACAGCAGAGCCAACCAAUGGGCGUUCCAGGUUCCACGUCCUCUUCCUUCUUUUUGUGGCAAUCAUGUUUUUGGUAAGCCUGUUGUUCCUCUUCGGCUACCACUGCUGGCUUGUCAGUCAAAACAGAUCAACUCUAGAGGCUUUCUCAGCUCCUGUCUUCUCCAGCGGUCCUGAUAAAAAUGGCUUCAACAUCGGCUUCGUCAAAAACCUCCAGCAGGUCUUUGGGGAGGAAAAGCAGCUCUGGUUGUUCCCCAUGAUGUCCAGCCAGGGAGACGGGCACCGCUUCCCCAUCCGAACCCAGAGCGAAGCCCGGAACCCGCUGCUGGCAAGCGAGGAACAGUGGGAGGAAGACGGGGCAGAAGACGGCAGCCAGCACAAUUACCAGCAAGGGACCUCCCUUUCCAUAGAAAUGGAGACGUAGCAGCUUUGAACAGCUGAGGUUGUACGACUCUUGUGCUCUGCUUCCUCCCUCUCUCAUUAGCUUCCUCCGGUGAUGGAAACUCACGAGGCAUGAAAGAAAAAGCAGCUCUUGGAUCAGAGUAAGAAAAGCAACAUUGGAGGCUAAUUCUCGCUCUCUGAAAUGGUUCUUGAGGAGACUGUCCUUGGUGACACUUCCAAGGUUUGCUACACAUUAUGGAUUUUUUUUUUUUAACAUGGCAGCUCUGAAGUGAUUAAGGCUAUUCAUGACCUUCUCUUUUUCUAUGUCUUACCCAGAAGAAGGGAAAACUGCUUAGUGCAAAUGCAUUUCCAAGUGCCUUAAGGGGCAUUUAGCUAACACCCUGGAUUUCACGUCGUCUCAUUUUGCCAAAUAGGAAGAGCAGCUCCAUAAAACGGUGUAGACAGACGGUUAAGCAGACUGUUCAAACAAAUCCUCUCGCGCAGGAAUCGUGGUUGCCAAAUCAGGUCUUACUGUUAGAAAACUGGAUGAAUAUGCACUGCUUCUGUAGCCAUAUAAAACCUCCAACACUCCCAGCCCUAAA